GGGUUGUGUGAUCGGUCGGACUAUAGAACUCGAACUGGACAUUUGGUGUCACUGGUUACGGUUCAUACCGUUGCUCCGUGUCCGUAUUCCCCGUUUUCAGUUUGUGAUUGUCGCCGAUCAUGUAUGGUAGUUUUGCGCUUUCGUGAAACAUGUGCUGUUCGCUUAACGUUGGCCGACCGUCAAUGUUGUUAUUAUUGUGCAUCCGUCUAUCUGAUUAUAAUGUCAAAUACGCUUACUGUUGAGAAAAAAUCGGAAACCAAAUCCAAUCCUCAGGACUCGCCCACUAUCCGGAUACAAGUCGAAUUGUUCGAACCCACUGACAACAGAUAUCCUGUGUUCAAUUAUCAGAAGUUACUCGUUGAAGAGAAUAAACGUCGAAAAAGGGAUCAGCAAUCUUAUACUCUUGAAGAAAAUGACGAAUCUAUAAAACAAUUGGCUGACAGUUAUGAACAAAAAUAUGGGUUUAGUGGUGUUAAGAAAAAGAAAAAGAAAAAAACUGCCUUCUAUAACUAUUCUGAACUUGCAACUGGUUAUGAUGAAAAUGAUUCAUUUAUUGAUAAUGAUGAAAUUUUUGAUGAAGUCAUGCCAAAAGAUAUUGAAACAGAACAUGGUGGUUAUUAUGUAAAUUCUGGUUCUUUAGAAUUAAAGAAAGUUUGUAUGUCUGAAGAUUCUGAAGAAAUAAAAUCUAGUCAACCUCGUAAGCAUUUUAUAAAUACUGUAUUAGAAGAUAGUGAUGAAAAAUUGCCAAAUUUUGCUGUUUCAAGUAAUUCAGAAAAAAAUUCGCUAACUGAAACUAAGAUUUCUGAUACAUCUGAUGAUUCGUCUUGUUCUGACAAAGAAAAAAAAUCUACAAAACCUGUAUGUAUACCGAAACAUCCAGUGAAUGGUAAAGUCAAACGAAGACAGUCAAUUGAUUCUGAUAGUGCUGGUUCUAUUAUUCCAACUAAAAAGAAGAAGAUCAGUACAGUUAAAUCAUUGAUACAAGAAAAAAAAAUUCAGAUACCAGAGUGCAAACCAAGCUGUUCAAAAGAUACUCUACCUUUAUCUUCUGACGAAGCACCUGUUACAGAAAAUAAUAGUUCUAUUCAUGAUACAAUUGAAUCUGUCAUACACGCUUGUUCCAAACCUUCAAAUGUACCAUUGAGUUUAGAAAAUGAUACUGUUAAAAGUACUCGGAAUGUAAUAAAUUCACCUAUCAGUAUUGAUGUACCAGUAUCUAAUGGUAUUAAUAAUGCCGUAGAAGAACUUCCUAAAAUUAUACUUGAAAUUAUUGAAUCAAUUAAGACUGAAGCUCAAAUAGCAAUUCGAAAUAAUUUAAACGGUUUUUCAGAAAAAAUUAAUUUAGAUCUAUUAAGUCUUGAAUGUCAUAAAGAAAUAAUCUCAUUUAAUACACAACCUAUUUAUGCAACCUUAGCUGAGCAUAUGUUAUGUGAUAAAGAAAAAGUUAUAAAACAAGUAAAUCAGUUGGUUGAAUUUGAGGAAGAAAAAAUUACUGAGCCAAUUAAAAGGUUAAAGGAUGCAAUUAAAAAAAUAAUACCAUCAGUUAUUGAACAAUAUGAUCUUGAUUGUAAUAAAAUUUUAGGUCAAAGGACUGUUAAUGGAACUUCUAAUGAUGGAUUAAAAUCAAAACCUGGACCUAAACGACCACGUCGUAAAUUUCCUUGGAAUGAAGAGUUUAGAUCAUUAGUGAGAGAAAUAAUUAAUAUCCGAAAAACUACCUAUUCUAAAAUCAGAAGAUCCCAUUCAAUAGAUGAUUUUAUUUCUCAAUUCAUAAAUAAUCAAAUAAAACCAUUAUGGCCGAUUGGGUGGAUGAAGUCUACCAAUAUUUUAAAAGAACUCAAAGUAAAAGAAAAGGACUCUAGACCUAAAUUACCAAAAAAACAACCAUUACAUAAUAGUCCAAUUAAAUUACUAAGUGCUAUUAAAUUGGCUUCUGAACAUAAAGUUUCUAAUUCUGCCAUGAACAAAUUACAUAAAUGGAAUAAACAAAAAUCUUCAAAAAUAACCAACUUUAAAACAGAAACAACUACUAAAUCAACUAGUCAAACUCCAUCUUCAACGCCAUCUACAACAUCUGCUUUAAAACAAUUUUAUAGUCCUCCUCACACAGUAGCUAUUAGUACUUUAAGUAAUGAUGCAUGUCCUUAUCAAGCUACCAUUACAACUACAUCUAUUAAUGGCUGUAAACAAAAAGAAUCUGAAAACAACAGUGUUAUUGUAGAAACAAAAGCAUCUAAUGGAGAUGUAUUAGAUUUAUCACCAAUUAAAUCCAGUCCAAUGUCAUAUGCAUCUAAUAAAUUAAAAGAUGUUUCUGAGAUGUGCAAUAACACUUCACAAGAUAAUAACAGCCCUACAAAAACGGAUUUGCAAAUUAAUCCAAAGCACAUGAUUCAUCAGCCAAUUUCACGAAAACAAAGAUUGCUGCAGGAAUUGCAUAAUAAACCUUCGCCUGACCAACAAAGGUUAUCAACCCAUAAUUUUACUGUUGAUCGACAGAGCACAAAACCAAAAGAUGACAAUUCAAUUUCGUCAACAAAUAAAUUAGACUGUAUAAAAGUUGAUGAUAAGUCAACUGCUAAGGAUAUGUUAAGUCAAAUAAUCAAUGAAUCUUUAAUGGACAAUACAUCACCUUUACCCUCACAAUUUACAACUAAUAGUAGUUUUUAUAAAAUUAAAGAUGAGACUAAAUCGUCAACCUCAGUCGUAGUUAAACAAGAUAUCAAAAAUGAUUAUUCAGAUUGGCCACAUAGUGACCGAAACACAGCAUCUAAAACUCCAUCAAGCCAUCGAUCAUCCAGUGCUGAACUUGCAGAAAAAGAAGCACAAGAAGUUAUUAGAGACUUGUUAGUUUUAAAUCAACUAUCUUGUUCAUCACGGACUACUAGUGAUAAUACUUUUAAAAAACAUUCAUCUAUGUAUACUUCUCAUUCACCGAACACACUGGUUAGUUCACCAAUAGGAGUCAUCCAUCAUCCAGCUUUUAGAAAUUCAUACACUACAUCAAGCAGUACAACGAGUAAAUCAACUUAUGGGACAACAAUAGGCAUUCCAAAAAUGAAUAUUGGUCUAAAAGAUGAAUUUCUUAAGCACAUGGUGAAAACUGAAGAACCCACUUCGCGAUUAACUACAGAAAGUUUUCAAAAACAUGGUAUACCACACUAUGGUCUUAUACAAAGUAAUGCUCAAAUGUCCGAUAACUUAUUUCAGCAACAAUUCUUUUCAACAUUGAAUACAAAAUCGAAUAAAGAUAAUAUGAGUCAUAAUUCAAUAACGUACAAUAGUAAAAACGAAUAAAGUAAAUAUAUUUUAUAUGUACUAAUAUAGUACAAUACUAUAAAGAUAUUUGAUACAGUCAUAAAUAUCUUGAGUUCACUAUCUAAGAUUAAUAUUUUUGUUUUUAUUUAAAUAAUUAGUAUUAUAUU